CGAGCGAGGAGUCGAGCUGCUUGGAGCUGGGAGCACGCCUAGCGCAGCAAACAGCUGCAAGCGCGCAUAGAUCGUCGCAGCACUGCAAUAGCAACCACUACAACGGGCGUUAACGUCGUCGCCGCAGCGCUACCUGGGUAGCAAAGCUGUCCACAGCACUUGCGCCCAACCAAAACGCCGCCGCCGCAGCGUGAGACGCGAUGCAGCCGCGUUACAAACUUGCAGGAGCCGCCGCCGCCGCCGCCGUCGCAGCGUUAAUACUAGAACGAUGGAGGAGAAAACGCCGCGGCUGGCGCCUCGAGGACAAGGUGACCGUAGUAUUGUGCACGUCGCCCGUUAAAAGUAAUCCUUCAACCAAGUUAAUACAAGAAACGCACGGGUCCAUGUGCCACUACGCUCCCUGUUUAAAAGCGUGUCGGUUGAUUAUUUGUUGCGACGGUGCGUGUCCCGCGUCCUCCGUGUCUUCGGCCUGGUCCUUCUAUGUCUUCGUCGUCGCUCGCGGCCUCCUGUCGAUGGCGUCGGCAGUGCUUUACGCGCGGCCCGGCACGCCAUCGACGCGUCCCCGCGCAGGCUACAAAACGCGGGACAAACCAAAGUACCGGAGCGGCCAGGUCACGGAAGAGGGCGGCCUGGCCUACGAGGAGUUCCUUCAACGCCUCAAGAAGCUCAAUUUAGGAGAGAUCGUGCGGUGUCAAGAACGGCAGGGGUUUGGCUUCGCGCUCAAAAACGCGUUGACAAGAGUUAGGACGCCCUACGUCAUCGUCGUGCAGCACGACCGCAAUUUUGUCAGGGAGGCGCCCAUUGUAGAUAUUGUGAAAUGUUUAGAAAAGAACGACGCUUGGUUGAAGUACGUACUGUUGCCUACUACUACCGUCCUGAACUAUCCUCGCUACGUCCAGUCCAAAUAUCAGUUGAGGAUAGCCCCGCAACCGACGGACUUCGGGUUCGCUUUGACACCAUUGCUACAAUGGUACGAUAGCACGCACAUCUGUUCGAUGAGGCACUAUCGCGACUUCGUGUAUAGAGGCGGGUUGGUCGCUCGAGGUGGUUUUGUGGAGGACAAGCUCGGCCAGUAUCAACUGAAAAGGAUUAAGGAACGGGGGUUAUCUGCUCAUGCGGAGUUCGCGCAGUACGUGCUGGACGAUGGGGUUGAAAAGCCGAUGGUGUCGCACCUGGACGGGCACGACUCGCGGGUGCUGGAGAAGAUGAGGUUUGUGUAAUUGUGUUUUGUU